AUGGGGGCAGAGGGCUCCGCUCACCAGGCACAGUGCCGCUUGCAUGUCACCUCCUCUGGGAAGACUGUCGGCUCCCAAACUGAUAUCAAAUACGCCACCACUGGGAUUGCUGUGGGCUUCGCCACAUCGGCCAGCUUCCUGGCCCUGAAGAUCUGCAUGAUCAGGAAGCACUUGUUUGAUAAUGAUUCCUCCGAACAGAGAAGCACUAACGUGGGCUUCAAUGACAGCAUCGAGCUAAAGAAGAGAACUCCAAGGACGGGAGGGGGAUUGCUAGCCAUGGGCCAGAAGUCCUGUUGCCAGGAUGGCUCACCUGUUCAGGUCAUUGCAAACUCUUCGAAUACAGAAAGUGACACUUUCCCCUCUAUAUGCUUAUUAACCUUGGGGAAUGACUUCUUCCCUUUUUGUCACCAAAGUGGAUGA